UCAAGUUUGAACAUAUCAUGUGUGUGCUGGUGGAAAGUUGCAAGGAAUGUCGAAACUACAGCCUGGCUCAACCUGUGGAGUUCCAAAGAGACGGAGCAGCAGUUCCCCGUGCUCGGCAGGCCCUGGCAGAGGCAGGUGCUGAGAACUUUCCAAAAUAGCUGUAGUUCCACCAAGAGCCUUCCAGGGUCACUCACUGCUCCACAGGACUCACUGACAGGCACUUUGGUGAUCCAGGACUGAGAACCAAAUGUGGUGGGGAAAAACAAACCCAGCAGAACCUGAACCAGCCGCUGAGGUCCCUGUGCAGGGCUGAACUGCUGGGAGCAGAUCACCACUGCCACGAAGAGAUGUAGAUGGCAGCUGCUGCCUUUGAAGGACUCGUCUGACCCUGUGCAGCACCUCCAGUUGCUACCAUGAUCUUCUGCAUGCUGCUGCUGGCCUCCCUGCCUGAGCCCUCUGGCACCGAAGUCAACCCUGCAAUCUGUCGUUAUCCCCUGGGGAUGCACGAGGGGACCAUCAGGGAUGAGGACAUCACUGCUUCCAGCCAGUGGUACGACUCCACAGGGCCUCAGUACGCACGGUUACAGAGGGAAGAGGGGGAUGGAGCCUGGUGCCCAGCUGGUUUGCUGGAGCCUGAAGAUGUGCAGUUCCUGCAGAUUGACCUGCACAAGCUGUUCUUCAUCACCCUGGUGGGCACCCAGGGCCGGCACGCCCGCGCCACCGGCAAGGAGUUCGCCCGCGCCUACCGCAUCGACUACAGCCGGAACGGGGAGCGCUGGAUCUCCUGGAGGGGCAGGAAGGUGAUCGACGGCAACACCGACACCUACGACGUGGUGCUGAAGGACCUGCGGCCACCCAUCAUCGCACGCUUCGUGCGGCUGAUCCCCGUCACCAAGGCACCCAUCCCUGGCACAAUCACACUGCUGCUGCUGCUGUGUUUCUGAGGUGUAUGGCCUUCUUUUUCAGAUGGUUUGGCAUCCUACAGCAUCCCUGAAGGAGGGACAAUAGCAGCUCCUGGCUUCCCCAUCGUUUAUCUGAAUGACUCGACCUACGAUGGCUACCAGGAGCGCAGGCACCUGUAUGGAGGGCUGGGCCAGCUCACAGAUGGAGUGCUGGGGCUGGAUGACUUCACCCAGAGCCACCAGUACCGCGUGUGGCCGGGCUAUGACUACGUGGGCUGGAGGAACGAGAGCUUCAGCACGGGCGCCGUGGAAAUGGAGUUCCAGUUUGACCGCCCACGGAACUUCACCUCCAUGAAGGUGCACUGUAACAACAUGUUUUCCAAGGGGGUGAAGAUUUUCCAGAGGGUGGAGUGCCUGUUCAAACCCCGGCUGAUCGCAGACUGGGAGCCUGAGCCCGUGGGGGUGGCCACGGUCCUGGAUGACAAAAACCCCAGCGCCAGGUUUGUCACCGUGCCCCUGCAGCAGCGCGUGGGCAAGGCCAUCCUGUGCCGCUUCUACUUCGCUGACACCUGGAUGAUGAUGAGUGAGAUUUCCUUCCAGUCAGACAUGGAGAGUGUGAAUCCCAGUUUUGUUACGGUAGCCACAAGCACCACGGAUCUCCUGGAAACGGAGCUCAACGUGACUGAGGGCACCUGGGGAACCACAUCUUCUGUAACCAGCACCUGGAUAGGGGAGAAGGCAGAUGACUCCAACACCUCCAUCCUCGUGGGCUGCCUCGUGGCUAUUAUUCUGCUGCUCCUGAUGAUUAUAAUCAUCAUUCUUUGGAAGCAAUAUGUGCAAAAAAGGUUGGAAAAGGCCCCACGUCGAAUCCUGGAGGAGGAUGCCACAGUUCGCCUCUCCUUCUACAGCUACACCAUUGCCAACAACCAGACCCAGAUCCACCAGUCAAACCCCACCUAUGAACGUGCUUUCCCACUGGAUUUGGAAUAUCACCAGCCAGCUACACUGCUCCAAAAGCUUCCAGAGCUCUCCCAAAGUGCAGAGGAUUCAGUGUGCAGUGGGGACUACGCUGAGCCCGACCUCACCAAGUCCACCCCUCACCAAGGCUUCCAGAACAACGUCCCCCACUACGCCGAGACCGACAUCGUGCACCUGCAGGGGGUGACUGGCAACAACAUGUACGCAGUGCCAGCCCUCACCGUGGACUCCCUGACCAAGAAGGACAUCUCCGUGGGGGAAUUCCCCCGGCAGCAGCUGAGGCUCAAGGAGAAGCUGGGGGAAGGACAGUUUGGAGAGGUGCACCUCUGUGAAGCUGAUGGCCUGCUGGAAUUCCUGGGAGUCUCAUCCUCAGAAUUCACUCACCAGCCGGUUCUUGUGGCAGUGAAGAUGCUGAGAUCAGAUGUCAACAAAACAGCCAGGAAUGAUUUCCUGAAGGAGAUCAAGAUCAUGUCCCGGCUGAAGAACCCGAACAUCAUCCGGCUGCUGGGCGUGUGCGUGCGGGACGACCCCCUGUGCAUGAUAACAGAGUACAUGGAGAAUGGAGACCUCAACCAGUUCCUGUCUCAGAGGGAGAUCUACAGCAAAUUUGCCAUUUCAAACAACAUCCCCUGUGUCACCCACUCCAACCUGCUGUACAUGGCCACCCAGAUCGCCUCGGGGAUGAAGUACCUGGCAUCCCUGAACUUUGUGCACAGGGAUCUGGCAACUCGCAACUGCCUGGUGGGGAACAGCUACACCAUCAAGAUUGCAGACUUUGGCAUGAGCAGGAACCUCUACAGUGGGGAUUACUACAGGAUCCAGGGGAGAGCUGUGCUGCCCAUCCGUUGGAUGGCCUGGGAAAGCAUCCUGCUGGGCAAGUUCACCACAGCCAGCGACGUGUGGGCGUUCGGGGUGACCCUGUGGGAGAUGUUUGUGCUGUGCAAGGAGCAGCCCUACAGCCUCCUCACGGACGAGCAGGUCAUCGAGAACACGGGCGAGUUCUUCCGCAGCCAGGGCAGGCAGAUCUAUCUCUCCCAGACUCCUCUGUGUCCUAACCCUGUGUUCGACCUGAUGCUGAAGUGCUGGAGCAGGGAUAUCAAAGAUCGUCCCACUUUUGACAUGAUCCACCAGUUCCUGCUAGAACAGAUGGAAUCAAACAUUUGACUCCAGGAAAGAGGCAAGCUGUUGAGAGCAGAGUGACUUUGGGGUGUCUUUGCCUGUCCCUCAGGUCAGGCCCCCUCGCUCCCCUCCCUGGCCUAUUGCAGUUGGGACGUCCAUGGCAGCUGCUCAUUCUCUUGGCCAUGGUCUGACACACAGGACCAGAGGAUCUCAUUUGGUUGAAAAAUCAUCUCCUCUUCUGAAUCAUUUCCUGGGAAUACUGUGAGAGAGGGUUGUUUUUUUUUUUUAGCCACACACCUUUGGGCAAAAGGAAUGAGUAAAACUUGGAGGGACUUGGAGCUCUCUGCUGGCUGGAAGAGAAGGCACCGGUCGGUGAGAGCGCUGCCGCUUCUGCAAGGAAAGACUGCAGCCUUCUAGAGUUAUUCCAUGGAAUCUGAUGGAAGUCUUGUGCACAUGAGCAAGUGUUUCUGUGUGCUCUUGCUACAGACAAUGGUGGGAGGCCAGAAACAUCUGGAGCUGGGAAAUGGUUUAAUGGGCUAGGGAACUGACGGAGCAUUUAGGGACCCUUCGGGAGUGACGCUGCCGGGGUCCACAGAAGAUGCUGAAACAAGAGUCCAAGAUGAUGUUCUGUUUUCCUGUGGUUGUUAAGCACUGCUUUGGUUAUAUAUGUGCGUUUUCCCCACACUGGAUUUUUUUUUUUUUUAUUUUCUAGGAAAAAUGAUUUUAAAAUGAAUGUUAAAGGUCUUUGGGAGGUCACUGUGUUAGCAGGUCUUCCUCUGACCUACAAGUUAAGGUUAGGGUAGGGAGUUUGUAUUGAGAAGUAGCUGAUACUGUACUACUGUCACUAUGUAGAUUUAUUAACCUAAUGAACUUGUAGCCACAAUGGACUGAUGUGCAAUUAAUCCUGUAUAAUUACCCAUCAAUAUGAGAUCUCUAAAUCGAUGCUGUUAUGUGUGAGAGGGAACUUAGAUUUGGUGGAAGCAGAACCCUCUGUCACUUGUCACAGCUGUCAGCAGAGGGGCAGGAGCAGCACACAGGUGUGUGUCUGGAGCCAGAUGUUCCUCUCCAGAUGUGCAGCAGGUUGGUGCCAUGGCCAGGCUCUGUCACUGCUGUCACACAGGGCUGUCCCCUGCCGUGGCCUGGCCUUUAUCUCAGUGCGGGGGCCUCACUGAACUUGGGGUUGCUUUUUGUGUGUCCUGUCACAAGCAGCUCAUUCUCUGCAGGGUUUUAGAGGGCUCUGAAAUCCGUUUGGAGAGAGUUAGAGAGUUCAGUGUGUUUCUACAAUAAAUCCAUUGUGGAUUUACCAGGUGCCUGGGGAAUACUCUGCUAUUCCCUCUCUAAUCAUUUAGCAAGAUACUUAGGACCAAACCAAAUAUUUCAUAAGCUGAGAGAAGAUGAAAACUCAGCACUUGGUUUUUGUUUUUUUUAAAGUAGAAUCCAGCAUAAAAUAUAUUUCCAGUAAAGAUUAUAAAGAUAAUUUUCAUUUUAGCCACAAGCAUAGAUGACUGGCUGGCUGUGCUGUGAGAGGGCACUGCUGAGAGGGGAAUGUCUGAGUGGUUACAACACAGGGAUAAUUGUGCUAAAAGAAAAAACCCCGCUUCUGGAUGGGCAGAUGCCAGGCUGGAGCGUGGCAUGGCUGUGUCUGCUCCUUGGGAAGGCUCCUGCCAUGCCUGGACUGUCCUGCUGGGGAUGUGUCCCCACCCCAGCUGCUCCUCUGAGCCCCUUUAGGGAGCCAGAGGGUGCUCUCACCUCCCUGCAGGGAUUCCUGGAAACUCACCCCCAAACAGGUUUUCUCUUUUCCCCUCUGGGACUGGAGGGGUUUGGGGUGAGCUGCCCUUCCCUGUUGGUGUCAGAGCCAGCAGGUUCCUGCUGCUGGGUGCUGCUGUCUGGCAAAACCACUCAGCCAAGGUAUUUGUGGAGCAUUCCUGCCCCAGGAGAUGUCCCCAGUGCCACCCAGCUGUGUGUGAGGUCUCCUGGGGCACAGAGUGUCCCUGGGUGGGCUCUGUGACAUCUGGACAUGCUGUUCCUCCAUUGACAUGGUGACAUACAAAGUUUGUCUCAUAUCAAUAAAUUCUAAUGAUAACCUUGA